AUUGCUGUGGGAUCUAAAGGGUUAAUGCUAUGACGUCAGACUCCAGAAGACAUCGCUGUGGCAGUGAGACACCUCUUCAUCCGGUCGAAUUGUACAUUUCAAAGUUUCCAUAAAUCCUUGUGCUCAUCCUGAAGUGUCCACUCAAGUUGCAGCCCUGCAUUUCAAAACAGAAGACGAGUAUUUCGCCAUGAAUUCUGACAUGGAUGGGGACAUAGAAAACCAGGUGGAACUGGAGGAGAAGACCAGACUUAUAAACCAGGUCCUUGAGUUGCAGAAUACUCUUGAAGAUCUCUCAGCUCGGGUGGACGCAGUAAAAGAAGAAAAUCUGAAGUUAAAAUCUGAAAAUCAGGUUCUUGGGCAGUACAUCGAGAACCUCAUGUCGGCAUCUAGCGUGUUUCAGACCACCGACUCCAAAAGCAAACGGAAGUAAGAGAGCAUCCCUCUCUCCCAGAUCCACAACCCCACGCAGAUAAACCCUUCCACUAGACUCAUUUUAUCCCCGUGUCACUAAAAUGGUAAAUGUUUACAUUUGUUUUAUUUAUCAGUAUUAAUGUUUGUUUACAUUUCAUUUUUCAAUGACUUUGUUCAACAUGCUAAAAAUCCUUUUAGUUAGGUUGUAGUUUUUUUAUGUUCAGACAGGGUAUGAUAAUAUUAAUUAGUAAUAUUUGAAAUUGUUUUUAAAAUAUGUAUUUUGUAUUUCACACUUAUGAUUUGUAGUUGAGAGUGCAGUUGUGAUGGCAUGACAGUUGCUCUCUCUGUAUCAGCACUGAUUAUAGUCAAGUCGAGAGAAAACAUUUCAGGUCAUUCUGAUCAGGGAAUGAAAUUUAGACCUUUUUCUUGGUGCUAUUAACAGAAGGGAGUUCUCUAGCAUGCAUUACACCUGUGCCUCUGAAUAUCUUUAUGAAUUUGUUGUGUUUGUAUGUGUAGAAUCUUACCAUUGUGUGGCAUUGCAAAUGCCUGUUUUAAUUAAAAAAUAAUAAUAAUAA